CCGGACUCAUCCCCCCGGAUGGCCCUUACGUCGAAACUUGCACACGCGUUGAUACGCAAUAUGAUCCCAAAGUGGCAGCCAUCUUUUCUAUUUAUAUCAUUUUUGGAAUAUUGUAUACGUUUUUAGGUUAUCGGUUCUUCAAAACUAUUAUGUUUCUAACUGGAUUCAUUUUUGCAUCCAGUAUAGUUUAUUUGAUAUGCCAGCAGGGGGAUCUUCUGCCGAUAUAUGGAAACGAGGGGGUGUCUUUACUUGCUGGCGUUCUGUUUGGAUUAAUAACGACGCUGGUACAGUACGUUGGACUCUUUAUGACCGGACUACAUUCCGGUCUUCUUUUGGGACUGGCCGGUCUGCUGACUGCGGACCAUUUCAUGGAAACGUCGCCGAAAGGAUCUGUAUGGCUGUGUGUCGGAGUACUGCUUUGCUCUGCGUUGGUUGUUGCCAUUUUUAAUUUAUAUUUCAGAAAAAGUCUUACGAUAUUAGGCUCAAGUUUGUACGGUGGUGCGAUUUUAUCCAUAGCUAUAGACUACUUCGUGGAGAAGCUGUCAAUGGUCUCUUGGGUGUGGCAGCGUGUGUCUCUCCGCCCCGUCCAACCGCCCCCCUGCUGGUUCUCGUGGAUAGUCCUCGGUGCUUGGCCCUCUUUCGUCUUGGCCGGUUUGAUCAUACAGUUUGGAGUGACUGGGAGAGGCAUUCACCAUGCUGAUGUGAAGGCAGGUCGUAAAAAAGCGAGGAGCACAAGUACAAAAGGGGUUACAAGGGCCGAUAGGGCUGAGAUGAGACAGAAAAAGUACAGAUACCUUUACCAGGUUCGAACUGCUCAUGGAGAUGUGAUAAGUCAGAAUUUUGUUCAGCAGCUACAAAAGAAGGACAGCACUGACGGUCAAGGCGAGUGUAGCACUCUACAAUCGGAUGCAACUCACCUAACCAUAUUGCCAGACGCCCAGCUAGCUGUGCUGACGGAAAGCGAAGACGACAGUCAAACUGAAAUCACGGCUAGACGAUGAACAACUUGCUCUGGUUUUUUCUUUCUAACUUUGUGAAACAUUGCUUAGAAUUUACAAGGUUUUUCGAAUUUUUGAAGCUUUAAGACAAUAAAUAUACAAAAAAAAGUGUAAAAAAAUGGAUUUCGUUCUAUGUAAUAGGUGUCCGAAAUAUUGGCGAAUUUUAGGAAUCGUCAACUAGACUAAUUUGAAAAUACAAGGUGUGGUACAGUCGCUCUAUCAAACGAUGGAUGAGAGAAAUUUGUAGCCGUCCGGCUCUUUGACCAGACCUGACACUCCUUGAUGAAUUAUCAAAAUUGACAUUCCGUGAUUGACUUCUUAUGUUGUGAUUGCCAUGACUUGUCACACCCUGUACAAAUAAUUUACUGCCAAAAAUAUUGAAUAUCUGGUAGGAAAUCAAAUAUACCGUACCUAUGUGUAGAUUAUCAUUGUAAGAUCUUGAGAUCUCUAAAAAAUAUUGAAAGUGAACACACUGAAAACCAAAGGUUAGAUAUGAAUUUUGAAUUCAUUAUCAUUUUGUUGAAAUAUAUUUUUAUUAUAGCACAAAAAGAAUAAAACUGCUCAUUAUGG